AGGAGGAGGAGAGGAAUGCUGAGCGAACAGAGUAACAGAGCGCAAAGGGAAGAGGAGAGCAGCACCGCAGCAACAGAGGAGCAAUUAAGCAGCGGAAAGGAAAGCAAAGCACACAUGCGGAGAAGCUUCUGUCGCUUAAUCAUUCUCUCUUUUGAAUGACCAAAGAGGCAGAAGUGAAGCCAUCCAACAAUAACACAACAAUACAAGAUAAUAGGAGGCAGACGAGAGGCAGAGGGAAGAGCAAGUGAGCUUUUAUUGACAGAGGGCAUGGAGGUAAAUUGAAGAAUUUGAUUUUCUGGGAAUGGAUUUUUAGCAAAGGCUCAAGCAAAAAACAAAAACAAGAGGCUUAAAACAACAGACUAUAAAGGAUGUUGUUCGAGAAAAACAGAAAGAUGGAAAAAGAGAGUGAGAGAAAAAGAGGAGAGAGAGUGAGAUGCUGAAUUUGGACCAUGUCAGAAUAAAUUCUACAUCAGCGGCUCUCAGCUCUCCUGCAGGCAAGAGUCGGUGUGUGUGUGUGUGUGUGAACUAGAACGAAGUACGACCUCUCUCACACCAGGAUUUGUCCACAUGCCCCAUAGCUGAGGACAGAGAGCUAGAGAGAUUGGAGGGCUAAAAGAGGGCAGUUUACUGACAACGCCAGAGAAAAAGAGGAAAGAAAACAACAGGACUGAGUUUGUGUGUGUAAUUGGUACGGUUGGCAGUGGGAUAGUGGAAUCAGUUCUAGCUUGUGUUUAAGAAAGUCUCUCUCAAGGGACUAUGGAGGGAGCCAUGAAAGGCAGCUGAUUUCGCCAAUAGGUAAAACUCUCUCAAAUCGGUCUUCUCCUUUGUGACUCUGUCAUCCGGCCACUCCUUGUCUGCCUCCCAUUAUUUUCUCUUACUCUAUCUGCCUUGUAUCUAUUGAAUAUUUCUCUCUGACCAGAUUACCUCAGAGGGAGCGUGAGUUAAAGUGUCAGAAAAAGUGGGACAAAAAAGGAAAAUAGCCUAGGGAUUUCGCCUGAGGGGUUAUAUAGACAUGCCUGUGGGCAUGAAGACACGUGUUGUUUUUUUUGGUCACUUUUUUGGAGCAGUGUGUUUGUGUGUAAGUAUGUGUUUAGUUUAUCCAGAAAUAAAGUUUUAAUACAUUUACUAGAUUGUUAAAGUGGAUUGUAAAGUAGAAGUUUAAAAUCGCCUUGGGAUUGUACAUUUUUAUUAAAACUUGUGUAGUUCUGCGUAGUUGUUAGAAUAGCUUUGUGAGUGUAUUUAUUUUCAUCGCUAAAGGUCAGAUCAGUAUUCUGGAAGUCAGUGUUGUGGCUCUCCCAUGAGGACCCUGGCCGUGGAGGCCUGGCUGGGAGAUGAAGCCUUCCCCCUUGCUGCUUUAGCAGCUUUGUGGGCCCUCAUGGCUCUGGAAGGUUGCUGUCUGCGCCCUGCCUCGCCCACCCUGGGCCAACGCAGGGCCCGUCGUCGCCCUGCCCGACCUGGAGCCCCACAAGACAGUUUGUCUCGCCUCACUGUGGCCCUCUUGACACGGACUCACCUCCACGGUUUACGGCACAUCUGCACCCCGACUAGCACUCUUGGCCACCGUGCAUUCUGGAUGUUAGCAUUCUGUGUGUCUCUGGGUCUUCUAUUGUCUUGGUCCUCAAAUCGCUUGCUUCACUGGCUGUCCUUCCCCACCCACACAAGAGUCCACACCGAGUGGGCAAAAGAACUUGCAUUCCCCACGGUAACCAUCUGUAACAAUAAUCCCAUACGCUUGUAUCACCUUACUAAAAGUGAUCUGUACUUUGCGGGUCACUGGCUCGGACUGUUGCUGGCUAACCGCACGGCCAAGCCCCUGGUGCUAGACCUGCUUCAAGAUGACAGACAGGCCUGGUUCAGCAAGUUGUCAGACUUCCGUCUUUUUCUACCUCCGCGGCAUUUCGAGGGCACCAGCUUGGAGUUCAUGGACCGACUGGGCCACCAGCUGGAGGAUAUGCUACUGGGCUGCAAGUACCGCGGAGAGCUCUGUGGAGCUCACAACUUCUCCACUGUGUUCACACGUUAUGGAAAGUGCUAUAUGUUUAACGCUGCAGAAGAGGGAAAGACGUUGAGGACAACGAUGAAGGGAGGCACAGGCAAUGGACUAGAGAUCAUGUUGGACAUCCAGCAAGAUGAAUACUUGCCUGUGUGGGGAGAAACAGAAGAGACAGCAUUUGAAGCAGGAGUGCGGGUGCAGAUCCACAGUCAGACGGAGCCUCCCUUUGUGCAUGAGCUGGGUUUUGGAGUCGCCCCAGGGUUUCAAACCUUUGUUGCUACCCAGGAGCAAAGACUGACAUAUCUCCCUCCUCCAUGGGGCGAGUGUGUGACCAGGGCCCUGGAUUCAGGCUUAUUUCAGAUGUACAGUGUGUCUGCCUGCAGAAUAGAGUGUGAGACACGCUACAUCGUAGAGAACUGCAACUGCAGGAUGGUCUACAUGCCUGGUGAUUCUCCAUACUGCACUCCUGAACAGUAUAAGGACUGUGCUGAACCUGCUCUGGCUGCUCUUUCGGCUGUAGAAGGCACCAACUGCAUCUGCAGGAGUCCCUGUAACAUGACCCGAUACAACAAAGAACUUUCUAUGGUCAAGAUCCCCAGUAAAACCUCUGCACGAUACUUGGAGAAGAAGUUCAACAGAUCUGAGAAAUACAUCACGGACAAUAUUCUGGUUCUGGAUGUGUUUUUCGAGGCUCUGAACUAUGAGACCAUAGAUCAGAAGAAAGCUUAUGAGGUGGCUGGUCUACUAGGUGAUAUUGGUGGUCAGAUGGGUUUGUUUAUCGGUGCAAGCAUUCUGACCAUACUGGAGCUAUUUGAUUAUGCGUAUGAGGUGGUGAAGGAGAGAUUGCUGGACCUGCUGAACCGAGAGGAGGAGGAGGAGAGUCAUGGAGAGGAUGUGAGUACCUGUGAUCCUGUGGUGAACCAUUCAGAAUCGAUUAGCCACACAGUCACUGUUCCUCUGCAGACCACCCUGGGCACCCUAGAGGAGAUCGCCUGCUAAGUGCAUUUCCUCUUCACACCAGCAGGGGGAGCUAGACCAUCAGCCUCUCACUCCCUUAAGACAGACUUGGCACCUAAGGGGUGAAAAGCAGUGGAAAAAGGAUAAAAUCUAUUUUUCCCUUCUCAAGCGUUUGAAACUGUAAGGACAUCGUUUGGCACAAACAUGAGAACUAGAAGCCAAGGACCUGCUUGAGGAACAUAAGGACUUGCACACACACCAUCUGUUUGUUCUGGACUAAUGAAGGAAAGCAGAAGCUUGUGGACCUGUCAGGACAACCACUUGUAAACAAAAACAUUAGCAUGUGAGGAACUCCAAAUGCACAAGGCCUAAGCGUUUUUUCGCAUUCCCUCUCUGCCCAGGUGCAAAUUUGAAGUCUACUGCCAAAACACUGUAAAUUAUUAACCAGAAAUGUUGUGAAACUGUUCUAACGGUGCAUGUGUCAUUUUCAUGCAUUACAAUACCGUUAUUGUUGUUGUUAUUUUUUUUUGUUUGUUUGUUUGAUUUUUUAACAUAUCCUCUCACAUACGGAGACUGAUCUGCCUUGUGCUGUACGUUUGCUACGUGUUUCUGCAUCUGAAUUGGCUUGUGAUGUAUCAGGAAUGCAUCAUAUAACCAAUAGACUUUUCCUUCCUAACAUUUGUUUUCUUUUCAUUUUUAGUAGAACCUGAAAAGCAGAAUGGGUCACGGUACUUUGGUAGCCAAUAUGAGCCCUUUGUGGCUGUGUAUGACCUCUCCACCUGCAUUAGUCUCCCUGGAACCCUAUUUAAGAAGAGUUAAGAACAGAGUGAGUAAAGAAAAAUGAAUUUUUAUGUAGUCUUCAGUAUAAGAUUAAAGUAAUAUGGCCAGCAGUUUUCUUUUUGUAAAAUGUGGUAUUUUCAUUUAAAGCUGGUAUUGCAAAUCUGAUAUGAUCUUUCAUACACUUUAUUAAGACUCUCGUUGUUGAGAGAUACAUAAGCACUUGUCCAUGAUUAAAAAACACUCUAGAUCUUUAGCCGUCAACCAUCAUGACGCCACUUUUCCUGACCAUCUUAACAGGCAUUUUGCAAAUAGGUGAAGAGUAAAGAGGUGUUCACGGUCUUUAUGUAAGUUCAGUCCCUGCAGUUGUCUUUGUUCCAUCUCAUUAGUCCAAAGCUCUUUAUCUGUGCUGCAGUUUGUAACACUGUAAUUGCCAUAUGUUAACUGAUAUUUAGUAUGCUGCCACAAUAUACAUUGAUAAUGGAUGAUAGCCAGUACCAAGGUGUGCUUGUGUUCUUUUCUGGUCUGUAACUAAUUUUAACGUUCUUGGAUCAAGUUUCAGUAUAAAUCAAGGCUUAACGACCCAUUCAUUCUUCAAAAUGUACAGUGAUUCAUUAACUGUGACUGAAAAAAUCUUGCAGAAUGUACUUUGGCUGAAAAUAGUGAAAAGAAGGUCCUAGGCAUGUAAGCUUGUAGCCUGAUUGCUUCUCUCAAUUUAAUACGCUUUAUUUCAGUACAUAAUAUAAGAAUGUUGAUGGGCACAAAAUUAAGCCACAAAAUUCAAAGACAAAAUUGUGUGUUGAAAUGUUAGUGAGAAUUUAAGCAAUUUGUUCUGGGACACAAAGUGCUCACAGCAAAUAUAUAAUAGCUAAUUUUGUUUCAUAUGCUCAAGGCUUUUCCCCCAAAUUCCACACAUGACUUAGGGCCUCCUUUUCCAAUUGAGAUGCUUUGAGUCAGUCUAUUAAGAGUAUGCAAAUAUUUGUCAUAAAUAUAUAUUCUAAGCUAUUUUUGUUUCUGGGUUAUUAGUUAUUAUUGUAUGUUCACUUAGGGCAACAUUAUUUUGACAUCUGAUUUGUACCUGCAGUAUUUUGUCUUUAUAAAACAUAAACCUUUAUAAAAAACCUAAGAGACUAUAACAUUACCACAUGGAAUAGAAUAAAGACUGUGUGCUAUGGAUUGUUUGUGUGAGAGAGUCAUGUUAUUGUGUUAAUAGAAACACAAGUUGUGUAAUGUAUGUUAAUGAAAAUAGUGAUGGGAACAAAAAAAAACAAGCAGAUAUCCAGUGUGGGAAUUUUCCUGAUUCACAAUGUGUGCUAUCUGUGACAGAAUUAUAUUUUUUUUUUUACAUAUUCUGUUUGCUCUGUUUAAUCAAAUGUAAUGGGUUGUGGAUGAUAACAAGUCUUAUAUAUAGUUGUCCUAAAUUAUGAUGAUUUCUUCUAAAUCUGUAAGUCCAUGAAAGUCCAUGAU